AUGGAUGAAUUUGAUGAAGAUAUUGAACUUAUGCGAGAUGGUAUCAUUACUAUUGAAAGUUCAUCGUGGAAUGCUACCACAGAGAUAGACAGAAUUCUGCUAAACGGACUUUUAGAGGAAGGAUAUAUCAAUGAAACAAUGCUGCCAUGGAACAGUGGUCGACCAAUUGUGAUUCGAGUUUUUUGGGUAGUCAGGGCUCAGAAUUUUGCACAACUUCUCGGCUUUGAAGUCUUGCAAGAAAUAAUGUUGUAA